AAAAGCAGCGCGGUGCCACACGACAUCUAACAGACGCAUCACAUGCUUCACGCGUAUGUGCUACAAUGGUAUCUUGGAAAAUAUGGGGAAGGUUGUUAAUUAUGCAAAGUUCUUUCACGUGCAUUACUUUAAUAAACUGCAUUAGUCUGCUACAGUUUUCUGGAACGGAAAAAACGAACGAUGAAGGUAGCGAAGAUUUUUCAGAAGGACAACUUAUGUCUCACCACAAGGGAUAUUUUGUGCCUUUAGCUGAUGUCAGUGACAACACCGGAGUUUCAGGGCAGCUACUCGGUUCUUCUGAAGCAGCCUGGGAUGCCAUGUCUCCAAAGUUGAGGUGUGGUGACGAUCUUGUGAAGUUACAACUCAGUGGUCCAGAAGUAGCAAAUGUUGAACUCUGUCGAGGUAAUGGGGUUCCUGUUCCUCUCACUCAGUUGCCACCUCACUGUGGACACACUGCACUUGAUUAUGCAGGUCUUGUCUAUGCUACUCCUUAUGAUGGAUGUGGUGUUGCACAACAGGGAGAGCAUUAUGUGUUGCAGAUACAGUGGCAGGGGAACUCUGCAGUCAUUUCUUGUCCUAUGACCUCUACCACUGCAAAUGAAACCUUCCUGGGACCGCAUCCUCCUAAAUAUCUGAACAUUCUUCUGCCUCCCUUCUCUUCUGAUGCACAAAGUCCAGAAGCACCUCCAAUGCCACAACUGUCUGAUACUGAAACCCAGAAACCACCACCUCCUGGUUAUCCUCCAGUAUAUCCGCAAGGGUUUUGGCCUUUCCCUAAUUAUCUUUAUCCUGGAAGGGUUUAUUCUAUAGCUAAGAAAACUGGGAAACUUGUUACAACUCCCCCAGUUGCCCAAACACCAACUGAAAAGCCUUAUCCUCCCAAAUACCCCCAGGUGUCUUGGCCUUAUCCUGGUUACCCUUCUGGUGACCAGAAACCUGGUCCAGUGUCUGGCUCCAAAACCGAAUCUGAUGCACCAGCUGAAAAGCCUUAUCCUCCCAAAUACCCCCAGGGGUCUUGGCCUUAUCCUGGUUACCCUUCUGGUGACCAGAAACCUGGUCCAGCGUCUGGCUCUAAAACCGAAUCAGAUGCACCAGCUGAAAAGCCUUAUCCUCCCAAAUACCCCCAGGGGUCUUGGCCUUAUCCUGGUUACCCUUCUGGUGACCAGAAACCUGGUCCAGCGUCUGGCUCCAAAACUGAAUCUGAUGCACCAGUUGAAAAGCCUUAUCCUCCCAAAUACCCCCAGGGGUCUUGGCCUUAUCCUGGUUACCCUUCUGGUGACCAGAAACCUGGUCCAGCCUCUGGCUCUAAAACCGAAUCCGAUGCACCAGCUGAAAAGCCUUAUCCUCCCAAAUACCCCCAGGGGUCUUGGCCUUAUCCUGGUUACCCUUCUGGUGACCAGAAACCUGGUCCACCGUCUGGCUCCAAAACUGAAUCCGAUGCACCAGCUGAAAAGCCUUAUCCUCCCAAAUACCCCCAGGGGUCUUGGCCUUAUCCUGGUUACCCUUCUGGUGACCAGAAACCUGGUCCAGCGUCUGGCUCUAAAACCGAAUCAGAUGCACCAGCUGAAAAGCCUUAUCCUCCCAAAUACCCCCAGGGGUCUUGGCCUUAUCCUGGUUACCCUUCUGGUGACCAGAAACCUGGUCCACCGUCUGGCUCCAAAACUGAAUCCGAUGCACCAGCUGAAAAGCCUUAUCCUCCCAAAUACCCCCAGGGGUCUUGGCCUUAUCCUGGUUACCCUUCUGGUGACCAGAAACCUGGUCCACCGUCUGGCUCCAAAACUGAAUCCGAUGCACCAGCUGAAAAGCCUUAUCCUCCCAAAUACCCCCAGGGGUCUUGGCCUUAUCCUGGUUACCCUUCUGGUGACCAGAAACCUGGUCCAGCGUCUGGCUCUAAAACCGAAUCCGAUUCACCAGCUGAAAAGCCUUAUCCUCCCAAAUACCCCCAGGGGUCUUGGCCUUAUCCUGGUUACCCUUCUGCUGAGCAAAAACCUGGUCCAGCGUCUGGCUCCAAAACUGAAUCUGAUGCACCAGUUGAAAAGCCUUAUCCUCCCAAAUACCCCCAGGGGUCUUGGCCUUAUCCUGGUUACCCGUCUGGUGACCAGAAACCUGGUCCAGCCUCUGGCUCUAAAACCGAAUCCGAUGCACCAGUUGAAAAGCCUUAUCCUCCCAAAUACCCCCAAGUGUCUUGGCCUUAUCCUGGUUACCCUUCUGGUGACCAGAAACCUGGUCCAGCGUCUGGCUCCAAAACUGAAUCUGAUGCACCAGCUGAAAAGCCUUAUCCUCCCAAAUACCCCCAGGGGUCUUGGCCUUAUCCUGGUUACCCUUCUGGUGACCAGAAACCUGGUCCAGCCUCUGGCUCUAAAACCAAAUCUGAUGCACCAGCUGAAAAGCCUUAUCCUCCCAAAUACCCCCAGGGGUCUUGGCCUUAUCCUGGUUACCCUUCUGGUGACCAGAAACCUGGUCCAGCGUCUGGCUCCAAAACUGAAUCUGAUGCACCAGCUGAAAAGCCUUAUCCUCCCAAAUACCCCCAGGGGUCUUGGCCUUAUCCUGGUUACCCUUCUGGUGACCAGAAACCUGGUCCAGCGUCUGGCUCCAAAACUGAAUCUGAUGCACCAGCUGAAAAGCCUUAUCCUCCCAAAUACCCCCAGGGGUCUUGGCCUUAUCCUGGUUACCCUUCUGGUGAUCAGAAACCUGGUCCAGCGUCUGGCUCUAAAACCGAUGCACCAGCUGAAAAGCCUUAUCCUCCCAAAUACCCCCAGGGGUCUUGGCCUUAUCCUGGUUACCCUUCUGGUGACCAGAAACCUGGUCCAGCGUCUGGCUCUAAAACCGACUCCGAUGCACCAGCUGAAAAGCCUUAUCCUCCCAAAUACCCCCAGGGGUCUUGGCAUUAUCCUGGUUACUCUCAUGACCCUGUCAGGCCAAAGCCCAUAGAUAAACCAGCUUCAGCCAUCCCCACUGCUCCCCCAGCAGGCUCGCCAGCAGCAACCCAGAUUCUGCAGCCCCCAGAAUACCCUGGACGUCUGUUCCUUCAGUAUAGUGCUUACCCUGAUUAUCAUCUUUAUUUGCAAAAGUUUUAUCCACGAUACCCAGUUAUGCCUCUCAAAACUCCUACAGCACCAUUUAUAACCCCCACUCCUCGACCCUGUCCUACAACUGUAGCUGUUGAAUGCAAACCCAAUGCCAACUAGGUGCCCAAUGUGUCACCCGAACAAUUAUACCUCCCAUUUCUAUACUUAUGAAAAAUUCCUUCGUGCUACAUUUUGUGGACUUGUCCCAUGAAGUUUUGUUAUAAGGACUGAGGCAGAUGCUUGAAAUCAGACUGGUAAUGUGCUGCAUGUGGCUUCCUCUGAAUUUACUGCGACGUGAUUCCUGCUCAUGAACAUGCUGGUUUUCUUUUUGUCAUUGUCUUAAACCAUUCAAUAAAUCAAAUGUGCUC